AUGGCCUUCAAGGGACAGUGUGACAUGGUUUCCACCCCUGUAGUAGAGGCAGCAGAACUUGGGACUCCCAAGAGUUUAACAGUUGCUAUUCAUAAGAAUGCAGUGACCUAUGAUGAUGUGUGUGUCAACUUCACUCUGGAAGAAUGGAGUUUACUGGAUCCUUCACAGAAGAGUCUCUACAGAGAUGUGAUGCAGGAGACCUACAGGAAUCUCACUGCUAUAGGCUACAAUUGGGAAGAUGACAAUAUUGAAGACUAUUUUCAAAGUUCUAAAAGACAUGGAAGGCAUGAAAGAACUCCCAGUGGAGAGAAACCUUAUGCAUCUAACCAAUGUGAUAAAGCCUUUUCAUGUCAUCCUAGUCUCCAAAUAUAUAAAAGAAGCCAUACUGGAGAGAAACACUAAGAAUGUAACCAUUGUAAUAAAGGCUUUCCAUAUCCCAGUGCUCUACAAAUACAUAAAAGGAUACACAGUGGAGAGAAACCCUAUGAAUGUAAACAAUGUGGUAAAGCCUUUGCACAUCACAGUUCUCUUCAAAGACAUGAAAGAAUACAUACUGGUGAGAAACCUUAUGAAUGUAGCCAAUGUGGUAAAGUCUUUACACGUCAAAAUAGUCUCCAAAUACAUCAAAGAACACAAACUGGAGAAAAACCCUAUGAAUGUAACCAAUGUGGUAAAACUUUUACAUAUCACAGUGGUCUCCAAAUACAUAAAAGGACACACACUGGAGAGAAACCCUAUGAAUGUAACCAAUGUGGUAAAACUUUUACAUAUUACAGUGGUCUCCAAAUACAUAAAAGAACACACACUGGAGAGAAACCCUAUGAAUGUAAGCAAUGUAGUAAAGCCUUUGCAUGUAGCAGUCAUUUUCAAAGGCAUAAAAAAAUUCAUACUGGAGAGAAACCCUAUGAUUGUAACCAGUGUGGUAAAGCCUUUGCAUAUAAAAGUAAUCUCCAAAUUCAUGAAAGAAAGCACACUGGAGGGAAACACUCUGAAUGUAAUUAAUGUAGUAAAGCUUUUGCAUAUCAUAAUAGUCUCCAAAUACAUAAAAGAACACAUAGAGAGAAACCCUAUGAACAGAACCAAUGUGGUAAAACAUUUCCAUAUCUCGGUGGUCUCCGCAUUUAUAACAGAACACAUAGUGGAGAGAAACCCUAUAAAUGUAAUCAAUGUAGUAAAGACUUUGUAAGUCAGAGUCUUCUCCUAGACCAUAAAAAAACACAUACCGGAGAGAAACCCUGCAAAUGCAACCAUUGUGCCUUUGUAUAUCAUAGUGAUCUCCAAAUACAUAAAAGAGCACAUACCGGAGAAAAACUGUAUGAAUGUAAUCAGUGCAAUCAAGCCUUUGUACAUCAUAAUCAUCUUCAAUGACAUAAAAGGUUAUAUAUUGGAGAAAAACCCUAUAAAUGUAAUCAAUAUCAUAAACCUUCUUCACCACAUAGUUACCUACUAAUACAUAAAAGAACACACAGUUGUGAGAAACCCUAUGAAUAUAACCAGUGUGGUAAAGCCUUUUCACAACACAGUCAUCUAAUCCAGAAAAGAAUACACACAGAGCUGCCACCCAGCAGGAGCAACAUGCGUGUGCAGCAUGCUUUUUGCCAUGAUUGUGUACUGGGUCCACCUGGCUUAAGCAGAAGGGAGCUAAUCCAGCGUGUGGUCACAGCCAAUGCAGUCUGCCCUAUCCACAAAGUCCAUUUGAACCUCAACUACCUGAGUCAGAUAUUGAACAACAAAAAUCACACUGUAUGUGACUGCUGUGAAAAAGUGUGUUACCUCGCCCUCUCCCCAAAAAUGCACACUGGAGAGAAACCCUACGCAUGUAACCAGUGUGUUAAAGACUUUGCUUUUCUUCGUGGUCUCCAAAUACAUAAAAGAAUGCAUACUGUUUACAAACCUUACAAAUUUAGUCAAUGUGAUAAAGCCUUUUCACAACACACAUAUCUAUUAAUACAUGAAAAAACACAUACUGAAGAUGUAUGUCUACACACAAGCAAUGUGGAAAAGCCUUUGCAUGCAGCAGUAGUCAUUGAAAUUAUGAGAAAAAGCCAUACUGCAGAGAAACACCAUGAAUGUAGUCAGUGUGGUAAAGGUUUGCACUUCAUGAGGGAUAUGGGAUCAGGGUUACAAUGGCAAUGCAACAAGUAUCACAUGGCAGCUAAAACAGGAAGUUCAGAGCUCAUAUCAGCAAGCUGA